GCCGAAGUCUGAAUGUCAAGAAGAAUGAUGCAAUAAAGGAAUCCACCGAGAGCAACACCAUUGAGGAUGAAGACUCUAAAGGUCGUAAACAAGAAAUCAUUAAACUAACGGAACAACUACUGCAGGCCAUUACCAGUGGCGACUAUGGGGAGUAUACGAAGUUAGUGGAUCCCCAGCUGACAUCUUUUGAGCCAGAAGCUUUAGGAAAUCUGAUCGUUGGUCUGGACUUCCACAAGUUUUACUUUGAUCAUGUUCUGUCGAAAAACAACAAACCAGUCAACACAAGUAUACUCAACCCGCACGUUCACCUGCUUGGGGAGGAGGCUGCGUGCAUCGCGUACGUCAGACUGACACAGUCUAUUGACAG